GCAUGGCGUCCUUGUCUGUGCAUGAGCGGCGCAUGGCGGAGGCGCUGGGAAUCGAAGAGGAAGGCUACCUGUGGAUCGCUCAGGAGGCUGCCGACGCUCAACUGCCGGGAGGAUGGCAGGAGCUGGUCGACGAGGCUGGGAACGUGUUCUACUAUGAGCAAGGAUCAGGGCAGACUAGCCGAGAGCACCCGAGCAUGCGCUACUACAAGAAGCUGUACGACGAGUUCAAAGCGAAAGAUGAAGAGCUGGCCAUGCUGCAGGUGGAGAAGAAGGAGAAGGAGAAGGGUAGAAGAAAGAGCAACGAGGUAGACGAGACCUCCAAGCUGCUUCUAUCCUUUUCUGGCGAUGCUGCUAUCAGCUCCAAGUACCGGGAGGAUGUGAAAGAGCUCGAACUAUCAGCCUUGUCCGCCAUCGACAAGGAGAUGGAAAACGAGGAGCAACGAUUUGCUCAGAAGCUUCAAACUUUCCUCCAAAAAAGAGACGUGAACACAGAGAUGUCAAAGUCUGUUGCAUCCACCAUCUCAAGGGUGAACGAUCAGAACACAGAACAGAUCAAGAAAGCGUUGGAAGACUUGACUCAUCAGAUUCUUGCUUCCAACCGAGACAUCAAAGGUCUUCUGCAGAGACAAGACAGUGAAAGUAACGAAUGCGAGAAAUGCAAAGAGCUAUGCGAGCAGCUGCUGGCAACCAAGAGAGCGCUAGAGGAGACGACGGAAGCCAACGAGGAGCUGAGGAUGAGGAUGAGAGAGAAGGAGAUGCAAGUCCGAGCCCUCGAGAAGAAGAUGCAGCAGCGAGAGCUGCCAGCUGCGAGCCAAGACAAGAGGGAGGAGGCGAGUCAGCAAGAUUCUAAACCUGGUGCUCUGGUGCCACAGGCGGUACCCCCUCUUCCACCCGACAAAGACGAGAGACAGGGGAUCGAGACCUCCAUGGUCUCUUCCGCGAGCAGUUUCAACGUGAAGCAGGUGGAGGAAGAUAGACGCGUGGAGGUGCUGCAGGCCGAGCUAGCGGCUCUCAGGGAAAAGAGUGACAAGGUGGAGAAGCUGGAGCGAGAGGUCGCCAUGGCCCACCACCAUGUGACGCACUUGGAGUUUCUCGCCCAAGAGUAUGUCGACAAGCUGAACCAAGUGACGCGGGUGAACGAGCGACUCAAAGUCGAGCUAGAAGCCAAGGGGAGAGGUUUGCAAACAGACAACGC